UACCGUCCGAAAGCAUCGCACUCUGUUCUUAGAAACGAUCGAAGUGAGUCUAGUGAGCAUGGAGUUUUCUGGUGUUGCAAACAUAGUGGAUCACAUGGUACUAUACGUUUGUCCGAUACUGCCACACCACCUGAUCGUAUGGCGUUUGGCGUGAUGAAUGUUAUCACGAUCGACGCUGCUGUAGCAACUCCUUUAUGGUGAUCGCUACCGGCUCCAGUUAGAUGUAAGGCCACUGAUGAAUACCUGUUUCUAGUUUAGUCGGAUUUGAGCGUUCACACAUAACGGGGCACAACUGUCAUCGAUAGGAAUCACUAGCGGGCAGAAUGUUCCACUUGAAAGAUAAGUUUACCUUCUACGAUCCGUCGACGAAGGUCUGGAGAGGUCUUCCGCGGAAAUCGAUCUUCAACCCCAACCAGAGUCUAGGUGAGCUGAUUCUGCAGGUUCUGGAGAGAAAUGGCGCCAAAGUGGUUCAAAUCAGUGCGGAUAGCGGAGUGGAGGUUACGGGUGACGAAAUGCGUUUGAAAACGAUAAGGAUCGCUCAAAAUCUUAUCAAAAUGGGCUAUGGUGGAAGCAAGUCAGAAACGAACGACAUCUUUACGAUGCUGGUUCGAAACGGAGAAAACGCAGCUCCGGUUGCGUUUGCAUGCUUCGCACUAGGGAUUCCAGUGAGCACGUUGGAUCCAACAUUUACGCAAGAUGAUUUGAGUCAUAUGCUGGGAACGGUGAAGCCGAAGGUGAUCUUCUGUGACAAUGAUGUUCUGGACAAUUUGAUCGGAGCUUGUCAAGUGGCGGACAUUUCUCCUAAGAUAAUUUUAAUGAGUGAACGUGUGAAGGAGUACGAUCAUUUGGAGACUCUGUUAGAACCAACUGGCACCGAAGAAAUGUUUAUCCCCGUUCACAUCACCGACCCGUCCAAUCACGUGGCAGUGCUCCUCUGCUCUUCCGGAACGACCGGUCGCUCCAAAGCCGUCUGCCUGUCGCACUCGAUCUGCAUCGCCCACGUGGCCAACUUCUUCGAGUGUCAUCCGUCCGAUCGAACGCUGGCCUUCAGCACACUCUACUGGCUGUCUGGGAUGUUCGUUCUGCUAACCAGCACGGUUUGGGGCGCUACCCGAGUAAUCACCCGCGAACCCUUCGACGCCGAUCUCACCCUGGAUAUCAUCGAGCGGUUCCGCAUCUCGGUUCCCAUUCUACCGUCGGCACAAGCGCUUGCCGUUGUCAACAAUCCAAAAUCCAACUCCAACGUGCUGCGUACCGUACGCUUACCAAUGACCGGUGGCAGUGCAAUCCCCAUCACGCUGAAAGAAUCAUUCGAGAAGCUGGUCCCCGGAAGAUUCCUGGAGAUUGUGUACGGAUUCUCGGAGAUUGCUCUGGGUGUAACGUUCACCAGGAAACAGUUCUAUCGGGAGGGUUCCGUUGGAUUCCCGGCAGCUGGGACGGAGUUCAAGAUCGUCGAUGACGAUGGUCAACCGCUGGACGUGGGCCAGGAAGGAGAGAUUCUAGUCCGGGCAGAGUACGCCUUCAAAGGGUACUUCGGAAACGACGACGCCACUAGGGAAAUUCUAGACAGCGAUGGGUGGAUGCAUUCUGGAGACGUUGGACGGUUCGAUGAGGACGGCUAUCUGUACAUAGUGGAUCGGAAGAAGGACAUCCUCAAGUGCAGCGGAUAUCAGGUGUCGCCGAGUGAAAUCGAAAGUGUGAUUUUGACCGUUCCCGGAGUGGCGGCCUGUUGCGUUGCUGGUGUGCCGACGGAAACGUUCGAUUUGGCAACGGCUUUGGUUGUUCGGAAAGAUCCAGCCGCUCAGAUUCCCGAAGCCACGGAGAUUAUGCAAAAGGUGGAGGAAUCGCUCGCGUGGUUCAAACAUUUGAAGGGAGGGGUGUAUUUCGCCGAUGAACUUCCUUUAACUCCUUCGGGCAAAGUUGUUAGACGAGCCGUGAGGGACAUUGUGAUACAAUUGAAAACUAACGAGUUGUAAUUUCAUACUUGGGUAUAAUAAACCUAUCAAAACCUAACUUUAUCAUCUGUUUAUUUUUAUUAUGUUUGUUCUUCAACUACAUACCAUACAUCUACGUGGACUCAUUUUUGGUUAUCGUAGACCUGGUAGAC